GAAUCAAGGCAGCGUCCAUAUAAAGUAUGGAGCUGUGACAGACAAACAAGAAAAGCUGUCAUGGCAUCAAAUUUAAGAGAGUUAAGAGAACGAGGAUCUUCCCGGCUUGGAUUCCCAUCCACUGAUGCUCGCAUAGUCCUGGAGAGCGAUGGUACUGAAGUAGAAGAUGACAUCUACUUUCAGACCAUUGACAGAGAUACCAUAUUUCUUAUCCUUUGUCCUGGAGAACGAUGGCUCCCUCCCGGAGUCGAAGCCCUCAGAGCUGAGAGUAGCCAUGGCUUCUAACCAAGAUAUGCUGGUUCGAGAUCUUGGACAUUUACAGAUCUCCAACUAUUCUCCUCAGCAGUAUUCACCAAGCAGCAAAAAGGUGGCUCCUGUUCCUCCUCCUAAGCCCAAAUCCGACAUGUAUGCUACUGUUGCUGCCAAAUCGAAUGGAAUGUACCAUUCUGCAAUGCAUUCCUCACCACAGCCAGUAUCAAUUAUUUCACAAUCAAAUAGAGGUGACCCUAUCUACAGCAAUUAUCAUCCGGAUGAUGACAUGCCUCCUCCUCCUCCCCCUCCUCCACCUGUGGCUUCCUACUCUCCACCUCCCACCCAGCAAUACCCUCCACCUCCGCCUGAUGCUGGUCCUGCUCCAGGAUCCCCUGGCAGCUCUACGUAUGGAACUCAGGCAGGAUAUUCCUCAUACAGACCAAAUUCAUCUGUGAGCUCUUAUGAUACAAGUUCAAUCUAUGAGCCCAUCACACCCAGGCCUCCAAGCCAGAUGAGUAACAGAUCUAACUACAGCAUUGGUAGUGGAGCCUCUUCUCUGUAUUCCUCUUACUACCCUGCUUCUAGCAGGGGGAAGGGGAUGCCUGGACGACCCACUGGCAAAGAGGCAGAGGUGGAUAGGUUGACAGAUCUCAUGGUUCAAAGUAUGGAAAACUCAAGUGAUCCUGAAUUCUAUGGUAUGUGUUACAAAUGUGGCGAUAAAGUUCUUGGAGAAGGUAGUGGCUGCACUGCAAUGGAACAUGUCUAUCACAUAUCAUGCUUCACAUGCCAUGUGUGUCACAAAGAACUUCGCGGAAAGCCAUUUUAUGCUAAAGACGCAAAACCUUAUUGUGAAGAUGAUUAUUUGAAUACAUUGGAGAAAUGUUGUGUAUGUGGUGGAAGAAUCCUUGAUCGUAUUUUAAGAGCAACUGGAAAACCAUAUCAUCCUAAUUGCUUUACUUGUGUAGUGUGCGGAAAGUGCUUAGAUGGUAUUCCAUUUACUGUGGAUGCAACAAAUCAAAUUUACUGUAUUGAUGAUUUCCAUAAGAAAUUUGCACCUCGCUGUUGUGUCUGUAAACAACCUAUAAUGCCUGAACAUGGAAAAGAAGAAACAGUCAGAGUUGUAGCGCUUGAUAGAAGUUUCCACGUUCAGUGUUACAGAUGUGAGGAUUGUGGUCUUAGGUUAUCAUCCGAAGCAGAAGGUAGCUGUUACCCUCUCGAUGAUCACAUAUUGUGUCGUAGUUGUAAUGCAAAGCGAGUACAGGCUCUCACAUCCUGUAUGACUACAGAACUAUAGGAAUGGUUUGCAACAGCUGUGCAUUCCUCAUUUAUGCCAAUGACUCUGUUUUAAUGCAUUGAGAUUGGACUGGCCGUGCAUGUCAAAUCAUGCAACUUAAGUGAAUGUCUAAUGCUACAUUUUGAUACAUUUUUCAUUAUUAGCAUGUGUAUUUUGAAACUGAAUAAUUUCUAGUCUCCUGUUUUAAAACAAUGAUUUUUUAAAUUAUUAUUUUUGAGUUUUGUAUGUGGCAUGGAAAGAAAUUGGGUUUUGAUCUGUGUAAUAUCUUAUGGGACCAGUAUUUCAUGAUUGAAGUAAUAUAUGAUGGAAAUAUUCCUGAGGAUUAUUCCAGUUUUGCUUUCGCAAAAAUAAAAUUGGUGAAAUAACUGUUCUGAAAUUAAA